UCUUGGAACGCCUGCCGCUAACCGCUACUUUCUCCAUGCAUACGGUUUUCGGAGCGAGGCUUGGAGUAUUUUUUACUAAUUUACUGCGAUCUCCUACGAGUUUAAAGCCUCGGCUAUGUACAGUGGAAGCUCAGUACCCUAACCUAAAGUUUACAGAAAGCAUGAGUAAAAAUAGACUUGUCUGGGUUGACUUGGAGAUGACAGGUUUGGAUAUUGACACUUGUCAUAUCAUAGAAAUGGCUUGCCUCGUCACUGAUGAGAACCUCAAGAUCAUUGCUGAGGGCCCAAAUUUGGUUAUUCAUCAGCCAGAUGAUGUUCUGGAUGCUAUGGGGGAAUGGUGCACUAGGCAACAUGGAGAGUCAGGGCUCACAGCUGCUGUCAAGGCAUCUGACAUUAGUCUGCAGAAAGCGGAAGAUAUCAUGGUGGGAUUUGUUUCACAACACGUAACCCCAGGAUCAUGUCCACUGGCAGGGAACUCAGUCCAUGCAGACAAGAGAUUCCUGGAUAAAUACAUGCCAAAGUUUAUGGAACAGCUUCAUUAUCGCAUAGUUGACGUCAGCACUGUAAAAGAGCUGUGCAGGCGAUGGUAUCCCAAAGAGUUUGGUGCAGCACCUGCAAAAUCUGGUCAACACAGGGCCCUUGAUGACAUCAAAGAUAGUAUAAAAGAACUACAGUAUUACAGAGAAGCAAUCUUCAAGGCAGGCCAAGCAUAACAUAAUAUUUUAUGAGUAAUUAGAUGCAGUCAAUUAUUUAAUAUUUUCUUUAUGUAUCACUAGUCUAACUUCCCUGCUAGGAGAAGCCUCUUUUCUCUAUGCCAGCCCAGCGAAAUACAGAGAAAAGAGACCUCUGCUAGCAGGGAAUAGUCUUACAGUUUUCUAAUGUAAUAAAUAAUUCAAUAAUAAAUAUGUGCUUUGUCA